AUGCUGGCGCCGCUAAUCUUGGUGUUCUAUGCUGCCGACUGGAGUCUGAUCAACGUGCUCAACAAACCCGUCAAUUUUGCUGGAGAUGCGUCUGCCUUCCCGUCAAGCUUGUGCAAGAUAACGGGGAUUGCAAUCAAAUGCUUCCAUCGCAUCGAUUAUAUAGAGCAAGCUUCCACAGCUGAGAAACUUAGCUGGGCCUCCGGGCGGACGACGACUCGUGUCGAAGAUGAGGCGUACUGUUUGCUCGGGCUCCUCGACUUCAACAUGCCUCUGCUCUACGGAGAAGGGCGCAAAGCCUUCUUGCGCAUGCAGAAAUCUCUCCUCGAGAGCUCGGACGAUGACUCGAUCUUUGCGUGGCGGGCCACCGCUGACCAGUGUCUGAGGGCGCCAAUGGAGGGUGGUGAUGGAGGGGUCAGGAUCGAACGCCUCACUCCAGGAUUGCUGGCAAGAAGCCCUGCAGAUUUCGGAGCUUGUGCUGAUAUUGCUCUGCUGCACGAGAGAAGCUUCUCGAGAGGCUACGUUUAUGCUCUCAAGCUCGAUUGCGGUGUGAGGCCGCCUGACUUCAUGAAUGGACAACUACGUUCCGCGAUCGCGCUGUGGUGCCUGGACCGCGAAGGGCCAAGUGGUGCUUUGAUGGCCACGCAUAGAUGCGCUAUUGACGAGAACGACCUUUACGAAAUCUUUGAUGGUUACAUUGGCACUCCAGGGUCAACGCCAGCGACAGAUAGCGGGGUCGUGGAGCAUGUGGUCUCUGAGCGUGGCUUUCCUGAAUCACAAUUGAGGCGUCCGAAAAAGACUACAAGGAGGCUCUUCAUCACACUUUGA